CAAUGGCUCAUCUGAAGUUCCUCCUUCUCCUCCUGUGGGUUGGUGUCACAGAGAGCGCAGUCCUGGAUUUACACAAAAGAAUCUUCAACGGUUAUGACUGUGAAGGCACCAAGCAUCUGUACCAUGUGAAAAUAACUGCAACCAAUGGAACACAUGGUUCUCGAUGUGGAGGCUCUCUGAUCCACAGCGAGUGGGUUCUAACUGCAGCUCACUGUUGGAACGAUCAACCUGGAUUGAUUAUGUCUGCAUAUGUAGGAAUUCAUCCAGGUCCAGGAAGUAGGGUUACAAUUAGGGAUCACCAAAUCUUUAAGGACCAUGACAUCAUGCUACUGAAAAUCUCACUGGCAUCGAUCAGGACUUACCUUGUUCAGUUACCUGAUUGUACCAUUCCUCCGAACAUGUGA